ACGUAUACAGGGUGAAUAUUAAUGCCUGUCCCAACCUUUUACCAUGGCAGAUGGAUUACCGACUGCAACUCUGCGUAACCUAACGGAACAUAGAUGGCAGUUGCUUGGGUCGACCGUGAUGUACAGGCAAGUGGAGAACGGUUCGCGACGUUGAAAGGAGAGGUUGCAUUUUGACGGAGUUGGAAAAAUCGUUGAAGAUUUGAGGGGCUUUCUUUGUCCCGAAACUGCUUGUGAGCCGACAAUAACUAUUUCUAUCUGUUCGGUUCUCGUCACCUUCAUCUGGGCGUGCCGUAUCCGAUCGGCCGACGAGUCGCGGAAUUAUUCCUUUACCAGAGGCUAACCUCGCCCGCCAUGCCGGGGGCGAGGCUAUGAGAAGUAAGAAGACCAACAGUAAUGGAGACGUAAUGGACAUCGACGAUGACAUCGUCGAUAGUGACACGGAAUUAAUCAAUUCCCAGCCAUUUUUGGGUUUCAACGAGGAAGAUAGAGGAACGGCUAAAUUAAUGGGUAAAAAGAGAGGAGCGCAGGACAAUCCACCGGCUCAGAAAAAUGUUAAACGGGCAGCGCCCCUCUCUGGCCAGAGAGUGUCCGGAGGUAAUCACCAAGAGAAGGACGACGGAGCUGAUGGCUUCUCAGAACAUAGACUUCAACACCGCCAGGAGACUCGUUUCUCGGGAUGCCUCUGGUGCCCCGAGAGAUUCGGGAGGCGGAGGUGGAAAGAAACUCAGGGAGGCGGACUUUCCAAUACUCCGUAGAGGCAGACGGCAUCCCGUCGACCCGUCUGGGGUCUCUCCAUCCGGAGCCGGCCCUUCUGGGGGACAUCGCAGUUUCGCCAGUAUCAUCGGGGGACGGAGCGGUCAACUUCCUCAUGCAAAUCUUCCGGAGGAGAUUGGAGACCUCGCUGCGGCAAUAUAGGCACGAUGCGUGGCGGGGGAGAGAUGGUCGCCCCUUCCACAUCCAGCGUUCAAAAUGGAUAAGGGUUUGUUCAUACUACAGUGGAAUUGUCAAGGCAUUCAGCGUAAACAGACUGAAUUAGGAAAGAGAGCAGUUGAAUUUAAUUUCAUUUUACUAUCUGAACUUUGGUUAAACAAUGACGAACAGUUUAUUUUUAAAAUUUUUAACACAGUUAAAAAGCGUAGACUAGACAAGAGUGGGGGAGGAGUUGCCGUCUUCGUUCGCGCAGGCCUCCACUAUCAAAUUUACGACGUUAUAUAUACAGCGAAUGAUAAGAUCGAAGCAUACGGCGUUACAAUUACAUGGAAAUCCAAACCUCUUAUUUUAGUUUCAGUAUACAAGACACCCAACGUUUCCGUCUCAUAGGGAGUGGGUCCGGUUCUUUUCUCAAUUCCCCCAUGAGUUCGUGGUGGGGGGCGACUUCAAUGCCCACCAUCCCUUUUGGGGGGAUGCUGAAGUGUGUGCCGAGGGAAGGGGACUUUUUGACGCUAUGGUGGAGGGUGAUCUUUACUGUCUUAACGCUGGCUCGCCGACACGAUUCGCCACCCCACACUCCCGGGCCACGACGGUAGAUAUAACCUUAUCUAAUAGUGCGAGCUUUUUGGCGGCCCACUGGGAGACGGUGGACGAGUCGUGGGGAAGCAACCAUUACCCCAUUAGAAUCGAGAUAGCGGAAGCGAUUCGCGAGCGCUUGAGGUUCACCGGGACUCGACGUGUGCAUACAGCUAAAACAGAUUGGGAGAGAGUUCGUGAGUGCUUCGAGGCACGUAGUGGCGAGCGCGAGAAGGUGAUACUCGAUUCUUCUUUGGACACACAAACCAAAUUUGCGACGGUCUUAAGUCUGUUAAGGGAUUGCGUUCAGAGUCAUACCCCCCCUCCGCGAAGACGCGGCCCGGGCGCACGCACUAAUACGAGAGCCAAUACAUGGUGGGACGACGAGUGCGAGAAGCUUCUUAGAUUGCGGAGGGCAGCAUUUCUGAAAUAUAAACAAUGUUCUUCCUUUGACAAUUUUAUCAGUUAUAAACGGGCAAACGAAAUAGCGAAAGGCACUUUUAGGAGAAAGAAGAGGCAGUCCUUCUUAACAUCUUAUGAGUCCUUUAAUAGGACUACGAACCUUCGUUACGUCUGGCAAAAGGUUAAAACUUUAAACGGUAGUCUUAAUAGAAAAGAGUCAACUAACUCAUAUUCGUCUGCUUCAGAGGUGGUGGUUCAGCGCCAGAUUGAGGAUCUUUAUCCCCCAUGGUGCGCCCCCGGCCCUUCGGUUUUGUGCUGGAUUCUUCAUCGAGUGAAUUCUUAUUCUCUUAUGAGGAAGUUGCUCAGGUUAUCCGGACGGUUCCAACGAAGUCCGCUCCGGGACCGGACGGACUAGAUUACCAUUUUUACCAGAUGCUACCCCCGUCAGCAAUUUCGUACUUGCUUAACCUGUUUAAUGAGAUUCUAUUGAAGGGCGUUUUUCCCUCGGACUGGAAUAGGUUCAAUGUUUUCUUUAUCCCUAAGAAGGAGUCGGAGAAAUUCCGUCCUAUCUCAAUGGCUCAAUGCUCUCUUAAGAUUUUAGAGAGGCUUAUUAAUAAUCGCCUGUAUAGAUGGUUAGAGAGACACCGUCUUCUCCCUAAAAGUCAGUUCGGAUUCAGGAGUAACAGAUCUUGUCAGGAUAACUUGGCUAUUCUCACUUCAGACGUAGAGCUUAAUUGGUGUCAAGGUAGAGAGACAGGCGCGGUUUUUUUGGACAUAAAAGGAGCCUACGAUAACGUCCUGUGGGACAUCCUUAUAGAAAAGCUGAAGCGGUUAGGCGUCCCCCCAUCUAUAUUCAAUUUAUUUAUAAUCUAGUUUCUAAGCGGGAGAUCCACUUUGUUUUCAAUGGCGUUGACUGUAUGCAAACUGCGAAUAAAGGCCUCUCCCAGGGCUGCGUUUUGAGCCCCAUUUUGUACACGAUAUAUGUAAUAGACUUAGAGGUCCAGUUGAUAAAUUUUCCUUUGAUUAGGACUCUUCAAUUCGCGGAUGUUUGUUUCUAUACGGCCGGUGGAAAUAGGCGCGAGUUAUUGCGUCAGCUGGAGGAAUGUAUAGAGGCGGUGGCGAUAUGGCUCGAGGGUCUCGGGUUAGACUUGGCUCUCCAGAAGACACAAUUUUGCAUUUUUGGUAAAUCUAUAACCGGGGUGUUGCCAGCUAUCAGAAUUCGGAGCUGCACGGUUCGGGCCGGUUCGCAGGUAGAAUUCCUCGGGCUGACACUACAGAAUAAUUAAAAAUGGAACGGGCAAGUAGAGAAGGCUUGCGGUCGUAGUGCGAAGGUUCUGAAACUUAUCAGUUUUUUGAGAUCGACUUGGUGGGGUUCCGGUUCAGCCCUGCUGCUUCAAAUUUACAGGAGUCUUUUGCGGUCGCGCUUGGAUUACAGCUCUUUUCUCUGGUGUAAUUUACCGCGAUGCUUAGAAGUGAAAAUAAGGACUCUUCAGAACCGAGCUCUUCAGACCUCCAUGGGUUAUAGGAAGAGCACUCCUCUUAAUGUAAUAUGCGCGGAGGCAUGCGAGCCACUUUUCAAGGACAGAGCUACUUACCUAGGGAUAUGUUAUAUAGGUAGGACAUUAAGUGACCCGGAGCAUGCUCUUAUUCCUAUCUUGGAGCGACUGCAGGAAUUCCGGGAUAAUCCGGUGAAUGUCUUGAGGCGUCAGGUUCCACUGAUUAGUAUUGGUUUUAACGGUUGGACCCGUUACGCUCACCUGGUGCACCCUUCGAGUGUGCCCUUGCAUUGCCACUUCCCUCAGCAUCUGGAGACGCUCGCUCCGAGCGUCUCAUUCGAGGAGGGCGAAAUUCUCAGGCGGGACGCGUGCCCAUCUGGGCUAUUUGGGAAGUUGUUUCCUCGGUCCGUAAAUCAGACUUGUAUGUUCACGGAUGGCUCCAAAUCGGAUGGAUUACCUUUCGCGGGGUAUGCGGUCUUCGACGAGUCUGCUGACCGGUGUUUUCGGUACCGGACCUCGCACGGCACCACAAUUUUUACUUGCGAAGCCAUGGCUAUCCUUAAGGUUCUCCGACUGUUUUGAGAGUCUUCGGAGCGAGAGCGUCUUCUCUUUUCUGACUCCAGAAGCGUUUUGGAAUCGCUCAGCCAGUGUAGGAACAGGAGAAAGAAUAGAAAUCACCUUAUUUGGGAAAUUCUGGACGAGAUAAGUAACAUUGAGCGGGAGGGGGGACAGGUUCAGUUGUACUGGAUUCCGGCACACAUGGGCAUCUCCCCGAACGAGAGGGUGGACCGUGAGGCCAAAGAGGCAGUUUUCUCGGGAGUGGACAGUGAGUUUCUUCUCCCGAGUGGUGACUUUAGAACUCUAUGGAGGAAGGAUAUGUAUAGUGGCCUGCAUGCGUGGGCGUGUGAGGUUGGUAACCAGGAGACCUACUAUUUAAAAAAUUUUUUGUGAACAGACGGAAACCUUGGUUCCACGGGCUUCAUCUUAACAGAAGAAGUAUUGUAUCUAUUAAUAGACUUAGGGCCAAUCAUACGUCCCUGGCGGAGAGCUUGUGGCACCACGACAUUGUUAAUUCGCCAAUUUGUGAAUGUGCAAGGGCUCAGCAGACGACUAACCAUGUGUUUUGGCAGUGUUCUUUGUUUGACCAAGAGCGUGCAGCCCUGUCUGCCGUAAUUCGCAGCCAAUACCGAUGCGGUCCCUUGUGCGUGGAACAAGCCCUCUGCGACUCUAACCGUGUUAUAGUAGACGCGAUAGCAGAGUUUAUUUCGACAAUAACUCUGAAUAUUUGAGCGUGCAAAGUGCAGUGAUAUACGUUGUGCUGUAUCUAUAGUCGUUGGUUAGCACUAGUAUAUACAGGGUCCGCCACUUAAAUCCGGACAUGAAAAUGUUUUCUCGAAAAAGUCGUGUAUUACAGAAAAUAUAUAGAGAUACAAAUAAAUUCUUUUAUAGU